AUGCUUCGCCUGCUGGAAAGGCACGAGGAAGAUCCCAGUGUGGGUGUGGCCGACAACAUUCGAACCGUCAUCGGGGUCUCGAUCUUUUCCAUCUUCCUUUCCGUUGUAUCGACGGCCCUGCGAUUUGGCUUCAGGAAGAAUAGGAAGUUGCCGUGGUUGCUGGACGAUCAUAUGAUGGUGGUUGCCACAGUCUUAGUCAUUGCUGAUGCCGCCUGUUACCUGCUGGCACUUCGAUAUGGAUUUGGGCAUCAUAUCUAUACCGUGAACCCGGCUGAUCUAGUCACCUUUUUCAAGGUAUUACACCAACGCUCAGUUAGUCUGAAAAUCACAUCUAAACAUCUCGCACAGAUCGUAUUUGCCACUUUUAUCCUCUACGGUUUCGCAGUCACCGCCGUGAAGGUUGGGGUAUUAUACUUCUACCGAAGGAUAUUCCCCGGCGCCGAUCUGAAGAUCUGGUUGAUGGUUCUAGGUGCUCUGUCGUUGAUCUGGUUCAUCCUCAUCACCUUGAUUUCCGUCUUCCAAUGUAUGCCUGUCCAGAAGGCGUGGGAGGCGGAGUUGCCUGGCUAUUGCAUCCCAUAUCUGGAUAUUUUCAUCGGCAUGCAGGUCGCCAACAUUGUUCUGGACAUAGCCAUCCUGUGUCUUCCCAUCACCACCGUCUUGAAGCUGCACAUGACGGUGUCGACCAAAAUCAGUGUCGCCGGUACAUUCGGGCUGGGUGGGCUCUCCAUCGUUUUUGCUAUUAUCCGGCUGGCGAUUCUCGUUCUUGACCGGAAGCAGACAGAUAUAACUUGUAGUGCUACGAAUACGAUCAUGUUCCACGUGGACCCUUAG